GCGAGGAAUAAUUAAAAAUAUCGUGUAAGUGGUCCUUUGACUCCGGCUUAUACAUACGAGAAAAUGUAGCAACGUCGCAAACUUGAGUCUCGCUAUUCUGCUCGUAUGUGACCGUGUUCAAUUCAGUGACUGGUGUUUACUGUUUAUAAAUUAAUAAUGACUCCUCCAAGCCCGACCAAUUCUUGGAGAAAUAAGAAUAGAAUUUUGCGUGGUAUUAAUAGAGGAAAAUUCGCAAAAAAACAAGUUGUUCUUCGAAUGGAAAAUGCCCAAAAAUCAUUGGCAGAUAAAAGGUUAUGUGAGACCAAAAAUUGGUUCGACAAAUGCAAAAAUGUCAUAGAUGGGCGAAGAAUUGUUGACUUGGCUCAUUUAGCAGCAGAACUGUGGUGCAAAGAGUGCAAUUUACCAUUAUCGUUAAGAUAUGCUACUGAUGAAUUCCGAUCAGGCCUUGCUAGUAUCAUCACAGUAAAAUGUACAAAAUGUGGGAAUAGUUAUAAGGUCACGACCAACGCAGAAGUGCCUGGUGAUGCUCAUAUGUACUACACCGUAAACCUGAAGGCAGUUAUGGGAAUGAUUGAUGCAGGUAUUGGAGAAACCCAUCUCAACACAAUUUUAUCAGCGUUAAAUAUACCACCCUUGAACCCAACAGUAGUGAAAAGACAUGAGAGAGUUGCGGGCCCUGCAAUCGAAAGCAUAGCCAAAGACAGUUGCAGAGAAGGUCUUCAAUUAGAGAAAAAGUUGACUUUGAGUGCUUUACAGGAAGAUGAUAAGUGAGUGUUUUAGCAGAAGUUUAUAAUUAUCGAGCAUAUCAAAUUGAAUCUGUAUUUGUAACUUUAUG